UAAAAAUAGAUAAGGCUUUUGGCAGCAACCAAACAUUUGGUCCUUUGCUGGUUUUUGCUGGUUUUUGCUGGUCAAGGACCAGCAUGAACCAGCAAAGGACCAGCCUAAACCAGCAUCAAAACCUACCUAACCAGCAUCCCAGCAUCAAAACAUACCUACCAGCAUAUGCUGUUUUUUUCACCAGGGAUAUGCCUAGUUUUAACAUUCACUCCACCUUGUUUUUCUUUUAGUUAUCUGUAGUAUAGCGGCUAAUGAAUCGAAAGUCUAAACAUAAAGUAGCUUACUUCUUUGUUGCCUAAUAAGGUCAAUAAAGGACACUGGUUUCAGCUUCGGAAGCACUAGUUGAACAGCUCUGACAGAACUAAUUUACCUGUAAACAGAUUGGCGCAGCGGCUCCCUCUAGUGUUGACUUGUGAGAAUGCCAUAACUCUCUUUUAGUCAAGGUCAUCUGUUAAUUUGAGAGUUUGUGUGUUUGUUUAUGUGAGACCUUGGACAGUAAACACACCAUCAGCAUCUCCACUUACCCUCAUCAUCCUCAACCAAUCAGAAGACAGCAAUGCCACUUUCCCAUAACAUAGAGAGUAAGUUUGUCUGUUCUUAAGCUGUGGAAGCAUAUAAUAUCCCACUCUUUCUACACUGCCAUGUGGACUGGCCUAUUUAAUCUGGGAACAACAUUUAUUUAACACACCUUUGUUUUACUAACAGACUCAAGACCUCUGGAUUUGGAGGCUAAAUUGCUGUCCAACAGGAUUAUCUUUGUUCAGAACAGGGAAAACUGAUGACAUAGUCAUAAGCGUGUGAGACUGAGGUCAAUGAUGGUUCAGGGCAAGUGUGAACUCAUCGCCCUGUGUCUGGGCAUCAUCGGCCUGAUCGGCGCGGUGGCCGUCACGGGCCUUCCCAUGUGGAAAGUGACAGCGUUUAUUGGAGAGAACAUCAUUGUGAUGGAGACGCGCUGGGAGGGUUUGUGGAUGACGUGCUUCAGGCAGGCCAACAUCCACAUGCAGUGCAAAGUCUAUGACUCUCUGCUGUUCCUCCCACCAGACCUGCAAGCGGCCCGUGGGUUGACGUGUUGUGCUUUGGCGCUGUCUGGAAUUGGGCUUAUAGUGUCUCUCGUGGGCCUCCGUUGCAUGUCGUGCCUCACAGAUCAACCACGGGCCAAAAGCCUCAUUGCGAUGGCCGCGGGGGUGAUGCAGAUCUUAGCGUCCGUUUGCAUUAUCAUCCCGGUCUCUUGGACGGCCCACACUAUCAUUAGAGACUUCUACAACCCUCUAUUGAUUGACGCUCAACGCAGGGAACUUGGAGAGGCACUUUAUAUCGGUUGGGUAACUAGUGCUUUUCUUCUGGCGUCUGGAAUUAUAUUUCUCUGUCGUCGCGUUGAGCCAAAACCAGGCUCAUUUCAUGCUCGUCCGCCAACUAAUAAACCCAUUUUAACCCACUUCCAGACCUUUAACACUAUAAGACACCAGCCUUUGGUCCAGAGCAACAGUCUUUCCAUUCAACAGCCUUUGCCGUCCGCGUUCAGCUACACCAUUACACCCUCUAGUGGUCGACAUUCACCCUACAGCAUCCAGGCGGUGGCCCCAGGGUCUUUAGUGUACAGCCAGCACAGUCAGAACCUGAAUUAUUAUGGCCAAAAUGUGAUGCAAAGCCAGCAUGUUCCUAGAAACACGCAUUACCCGCGUCAGCUUUCCACACAUUUGAAAGGAAGCAGCGGCAGCAAUCCAUAUGCUUCAUACACCACCGGAUCCACGUUUCAUCCCCUGCAUCAGAACCCGCUCUUCAUAGGGUACAACUACUCCAGGGUGCAGUCACACACCUCGGGGAGCAGUUCUGGAUUGCGUAUAUAA